GCAGGUACGGUCGCUUUAGGUUUCUCGCAGUUUGUGUUUUGCAGGUGCGGGGGCUUUUAGGGUUUUGAUAGAAAUUUUAUAUAUUAUAGAAUGCACUAGCCGGGAGGAGAACUUCUUCAUAGUUCAUAGAUCUAGAUCUGUAAUUGUGAGAGAGAGAGAGCGAAGAGAGAAAGAAGCAGCGGCGAAUACGAUGAGGAAUUUCUUCGGUGACGGCUGAGUAUAUAUCAUCACGAAUCGGGAUAACUGGCACGGAUCUGUAUGCAAAUCGGGAAAAAUCACUUGAUCCGGGAGAAAACACAGAUCAGAAGAGUGGAACUGGGUGGCAGAGGCAUUGCACCAAUGGUCAAUAUGUUGGCAUCAUGGAAGCCACAUUCCAGGUAGAGUAGGAUGAACACAUAGGGGACGUGUUUGGUUAGCACGCGAGACACGUGUUAGUCACGUGGCAACAUCUAAGGCAACACGCAGGGGCAUGUUGGGUGCUCUGUCUAUAUAAGGCGACGCUCAUUUCCAUUUUACUUAAUUGCGAAGAAGAAAGUUGUUUGUGUGUUGGUAGUGUGAUGGAGGGUACUGCAAAAAUGGUAGUGUAUCAUAACGGUAAAAUUAUACGAAAUACUCAAGAGGGGGUGAGUUUUUGAGUGUGAAAAUUUGUUUUCGCUUGUGGUUCCAUGCACCAUGACGUUUGCAGAGUUACAGUACAGCCUCUGUCAAAACAUAGAGAGUGAUAUCUUAAAGAGAGUAAGCAAUAUUCUAUAUCGGAAUCUCGUUAUCAUAUUUGGUAGCCUAAUACAGUUUGAUAUCAUGCCGAUCAUUGAUGAUGCAAAUAUGCAGCGUAUGUUCCAUAUUCAUCGACAGACUCAGGUGCAACAGACAAAGAUUGAGUUGUAUAUUGAGUUUGAAAAUAUAGAUGCAGAUGAGAUUCAAAAUGAUUCAGAUAUGAAAGAUGAUAGAGGCGAAGUAUAUGAAGGAAUGAAUAGUGAUAGCGAAGAGGAUUUUGAAGCUACCUACGAAGCUGAUGAGAAGGAUGAGAAUGGUGAUGUGAGAGGUGAGGCAAUAAUAAAAAAUGUAGUGGUUUCACCUGCAGUCAGUCAACCGAUGGACGUUUCACCUUUUAUGCGUAGUUUGAAUCUUGACACCAUACAUGUACCGAAAUUUCCUGAAUAUACAAACAUAGGUGUUGUUGAUCUUGAGGAAGGAAAAUUUAGGAUCGGAAUGGAGUACAGCUCUAGAAAGUCGAUCGUCGAGGCAAUUAGGAGCUACACUAUUUCUAGAGGAGUCGAUUACACUGUUUAUAAGUCCGAGCCACAGACAUUUUAUGCAAAAUGCAAGAUGUAUAGCCAUGGGUGCGAUUGGCUUAUCCGAACCAGCUUGAUACGGAAGAAAGGUUGUUGGGAGAUACGGAGAUAUAAAGGGAGGCACACGUGCACCUUAGGAACGGUUUCACAAGAUCAUUCCAAGUUAGACUCAAACAUGGUUGCUGAGGCUAUAAGGCCAUUGGUUGAAACCGACCCAUCCAUAAAGGUGAAAUCUAUAAUUGCAGAAGUCCAGUUAAGGUUCAACUAUACCAUCAGUUACCGAAAGGCUUGGUUGGCAAAGCAGAAGUCGAUAACCAGAUUUUUUGGUGGUUGGAAAUUAUCUUAUGAAGCUUUGCCGUGGUGGUUCUUAGCAAUGGUUCAGAAGAUGCCUGGCUCAACUUUCAAAAUAGAAACACGACCCUUGUGUAACGGGGGUGAAGAGGCGGACGGUGUCAGGAUACUUCAGCGGGUAUUCUGGAGUUUCACUCCAUACUAUAAAGUGUUCCGGCAUUGCAAGCCUUUAGUUCAGGUUGAUGGCACACACCUUUACGGCAAAUAUAAAGGUGUCUUUUUGGUUGCAGUUGCACAAGAUGGGAACCAAAACAUUGUGCCGAUUGCUUUUGCCAUUGUGGAGGGAUUGACUACUGAUACGUGGUACUUUUUUUUCAGUAAUUUAAGAAGGCGUGUUGUUAGGAGAGACGGUGUAGGGAUAAUCUCUGAUCGACAUGAGUCAAUACGGACAGCAAUAAAUCGUAGCAACAGUGAUUGAAAACCUCCAAGAACAUGGUGGAUGUUUUGCAUUAGAUACAUCAGUUGUAACUUUUUAAGGGCAUUCAAGGAUCCAUACUUGUAGAAGCUUGUUGUCAAUAUAGGCUAUUCAAGAACCGUGGAUGAAUACAACAUCAACUACAAGAAGUUGCAAGAGCGAGGUGAGAGAUAUGCCCGAUGGUUUGACAAUCUCGAACUUCACCAGUAGGUAUUGGCAUUUGACGAGGGACAUCGAUGGGGUCACAUGACGACAAACCUAGUCGAAUGUCUAAAUUCAUUGUUGGAGGGUGUCCGAAAUGUUCCUGUGUUGGCCCUUGUCCGAGCAACA